GCAUGAUUAAUUAAUGAGAUGAUAUUGUUUUUUUGAUCCGUCCCAGUGCCUAAUGUCAUCUCUUUCUAUCCUUUUUUCUGUCUUUGUCUUUCUCAGCUUAAAGGUCCCGGUGCAGACUGGAGAUAUUCAGCGUCCCUUAGAGCAGGAAUGCAGAGUUCAGUCCAUAUGGAGGAGUCAUCUGUGAUGCAGGGUGCUCAAGGAGUUCUUGUUCAGAACUGGCCCACCGUCUCUAGCGCUCCUGAUAAUGAGGGUGGUGAGGUCUCUCCCCCCGUAGGUGCUGGAGUGGAUAGCAACAGUUGGCAUUUUCGAUACGGGGCGGGUCCAGGAGGCCCUCCACAUCUGAAACCUGGUGAGGUUCCUCCUGAAGCCUUCAUCAUCCCUGGUUCUCCGGCCAUUAUUUCCAUCAGACAAGGACAAGAUGGAGACGACAAGAGCGACUUUAUUUCCUUUGGAAAAAAGGAGGAGGCCAAGAAGAAGAAGAAAAAGAAGAAGGAGAAGAAGGAUAAGCGGGAGAAAGGAAAAGAUGAUGAUGAUGAUGAUUAGAGAGACAGCGGAAAGAGUUAAAGCAAGAGCUGUUUUGUUUUUGUUUUGUUUUGUUUUUUAAGGCAGAAGUCCCAACAAAAGUCUGUAGAGCAAAAUAUGCUUUUAUUAAUCCUAAAAUCCAUAUUUGGGGCUCAAACAAACAUUUUCCGUUGGAUUUAAGUGAAAAAAAUUUGAGUGAUUUUCUGUCAUAUCCGACCUCUUUCGGCUUAACGCAGAUAGCUUCUCCUUCCUCUUAAUUAAGUAAUUGAUUAAUCUCGCGUUGUUACAUGAUUGAUUAAUAUUCUCCCAUGCCUCACCCACUAUUCUGCAUAAAAUGUCCUUCAGACUCAUGUUGGUACAUAUGUCUUAUUCAUCCUCUUGGUUUUUGUUUUCCAAUCUUUUUGAUAGGGAGACAAAAUCUGAUUGUUUGUAAGCUGUGUGCCGCUUCACUUGUGCUAUCGUAGUAAAAUGGAGAAAAAAUAAGAGCGAUUCAAAAUUGAGUUUAGUUAGUCAUAAUGGAAGCAGGACACACACUGGUGUAAAUAUGCAGUUUGGGCACCGCUGUAUGUAAAGCAGUGAAGAUGCUAAAUUAAUGCUUUUGCUUGUUCACUUCUCCUGGUGUGGGAUGGAAGAAACAUCCUUUAAAACAAGAGACACUGAAACAUUUUCACUUAUAAAUAUACCACAUCCUUGGCAAAAAAAAAAAAAAAAAAAAAAGUUUUAUCAAAAAAAAAAAAAAAAAAAAAAAAAAGUACACCGAAUGAUGGAAUGCACUUUUGUUUUGUUGCUUUAAUUAUGUUACCAGCAAAUGUUCUCCAAGGCAUAGUGUAUAUGUGAGAAAGUAAUCCCAUAUAUACACACAUAAACAUAUAUAGACACACAGAUUUAGUAAACAGGGUCAAUAAUCAUUCCAUCUCUACAGCAACUCCCAAAACCUCUCCUUCUCUGAAAUGUUUCUAACCUGGUUGGCCUUUUGAUUAACCAGCAGUUGGACAGGAUCAAUAUCAUGUAAAGCUCAUGAAAAUCAGAUAAUCAGCUCUUCAGAAGCCUGGUUAUGUGCUCUGUUGUUAAAGGGAUGACUGAGAGAAUGUUUAUGCAUUAUGAACAGUAUUACUGUUGAUUCACCAAACCUCAAAUACCUUCAAUCCCAUAAACUAUCCUUAAAUAUCCUCUGUAGAAAAGGCUUAGGGGUUAUGCCAUGAUUUUUACUGUGGCAUUGCCUCAUACCUGUAGUUUCCCCACUGUCCUUGACCCUGUCAUCCCAACCUUAAUUUUGUGCCUGCUUUCUCAGCUCAGUAUGUCAUACACAAAACCUAGCCGCCUCCUUUCUGCUUGCUUUCUGGAGGACCAACACAACCCAAGAGCAAAGAACACAACAUAUUAGCUAGGGGUUUUCAAAAUUGAAGGGUGGGGGGGUUUGUGCACAGUUUUUAUAAGCUUUAAGUGAACUUUAUUGCUACUGUACAGAGCUUCUGUCUGUCUGUCUGUCUCUUUCUUGAUCUCUCUGGUGGAUAGGCUAGCUCUAGACAUUGUGGUGUACUCAUGUAGUAUGGAGAAAUGCAGACAACGCCUGUCAAAUCCCCCCGCAGAGGACAGAAGCCCCUCCCGCCGAACUGUAAUAUGUAAAUGAUCCAGUGCUGUCCAUUCAACUUCAGCUCUGUCUCUGUAUAAGGCAAUAUAUAUUUUUGCUGGUCUCUCAUCGGUUCAUUCUCAAAAAGAGGAGGAAAGGGACAAGACAGCUGUGCGGCAAGGGGUGGAGAUUAGUAGAGGAGAACUUUGGGGUGAAAAUAGUGGCUUGCCAGUUUGAUCCGAUGUUGAAGGUGAAGUGUGUAAUUUCUGUGCCAUUAGCAGCACCCAACAGAAUUUUCCUCCGUCUGCCUUUAAUAGAUCCAACUAUUGGUUUUGAGCUGUGUCGGGCUGUUUCGGUUGCUCAAACAAACAGAGCAAUGUUUUCAAAGACACAUCCAGUGUUAACACUUUAAGAAAGUAUCUAAACCUUAGAAAAUACACAAAUCAUCUGUACAUUGUUAUAAAAACAAUCAAGUGUUAUUCAUCUGAUAUUAAUAAUACACAAAAGACCAGACUGUUGUCUCCACUCCAUGCCUUCUAGUGUCUGGUUACAGUGAUACGUCUGUGUUCCGAUGCUACUGGUUCCCUCACUUGCCUGCCUUCCUUGUUGCCACACACCUAAAAAUGUCUCAAACCGAUGUCACAAUUAUUCAAAUGUGACUGCUGCAUGACCUUACCAGAAAGAAAACAUUUACUAUAUAGAGAUAUAUAUGAAUAUAGAUAUAGAUGGCAGUGAUUUUACUAUUUUUGUUUAUAGUUUUUAUUCAUUAUUCACACAAGCGAUUUGUGUAUGUACCGUCUUUGAGCAUUUUGCAUACUGACACCUCUGAACCGACUUACAGUGGACAGUUAUGACAUUACUAAACCUUGGUAUUUGUAAAUGCUCUAUAGUGUGAUGCCCUGAAGCUCUUGGUUUUAUCAUAUUCUUUUUAUUUUUGUUUAUGAAAAAAAAAAUGUUUGUGUUUGGCUUUGACAUACCGAUCAAACUGGCACUGUAUAUUGUAGCUAAAUUAUGUAUGAUGAUUCUGUCCCUACUCUUUCACUUCUUUGACAAAGAAAAAAAAAAAAAAAACAGGAAAAAUCAUCCUGAUGUAAAAUACAAUAUAUGUAGUGUAUGCUUGUAUCUAGUGAGCGUUCAUGCUGUCAUUCUUUCUUAUUGUCUGGUGGUGAUCAGUAGGUGGCGCUGUGCUGUCCAACUGAAUGGCGCUCAUCUGUUGUAAAACACUCUUUUUUGUACACCUGCUCAUCAAUAUGUGAUGGUGAAUUAGUGACCUUCAUUCCAUUCUUAUUUUCUCUUCUUUAUUAUAUUGUUUUUAUUAUUUUUUUCAUUAUGAUGGAAAAGUGGUAAUGUGUUUUGUUUAUAAAUCACAAAAUAAAUAAACUUUUCUUUCUUAAGAAUGUGA